AUGCUUAGAUUGUGCAUGGCAAUAGUAGGCGCGUCCCCUGCCGAGCCCGACAGCCGCAUCUCCCUUGCAUCUGGGCUUUCCACAGUCGCUCACCACCGUCGAACACGUAUCCCAGGCUCCAUUCUGCCCGCAGCGAGGGAUGAUGCAGGGGACAUGGCUGCAGAGGACAAAGAGGAGAGUUGGCACCACUCGCCGGCCGCCCCGAGCUUGGUUGCAACAUCACCGGCCCAGAAGUGUCGGUGGGAGGGCAUCAUCGUUCCUCCCGACCAAGCCAAACUUUCAACGAAGCUCGUUUUGGCGAGGUUGAAGAUCAAAACGUCGAAACGCUAG